GUUUUCUCAAGUAAUGAUGAAGCCCUUAUUAACAAAAAACUACCCAAAGAACUUCUGUUAAGAAUAUUUUCCUUCUUGGACAUAGUUACUUUGUGUCGAUGUGCACAAGUGUCCAAGGCAUGGAAUGUUUUAGCUCUGGACGGAAGCAAUUGGCAAAGAAUAGACCUCUUUAAUUUUCAAACGGAUAUAGAGGGUCGUGUUGUGGAAAAUAUAUCAAAAAGAUGUGGUGGGUUCCUGAGACAACUUAGUCUGAGAGGAUGUCUUGGCGUUGGAGACUCCUCUUUAAAGACCUUUGCACAGAACUGUAGGAACAUCGAACACUUAAAUCUAAACGGGUGCACAAAAAUCACUGACAGCACGUGUUACAGUCUUAGCAGAUUCUGUUCCAAGCUGAAACAUCUGGAUCUGACAUCUUGUGUAGCCAUCACAAACAGCUCUUUGAAAGGCUUAAGUGAGGGUUGCAGAAAUCUGGAACAUUUGAAUCUUUCCUGGUGUGAUCAGAUUACGAAGGAUGGUAUUGAAGCACUGGUGAAAGGGUGUAGUGGACUAAAAGCUCUAUUUCUUAGAGGUUGCACACAGUUAGAAGAUGAAGCAUUGAAACACAUUCAGAAUCACUGUCAUGAGCUCGUAAUCCUGAAUUUGCAGUCCUGUACACAAAUUUCAGACGAAGGCAUUGUGAAGAUCUGUAGAGGGUGUCACAGACUUCAGUCGCUCUGUGUGUCGGGCUGUAGCAACCUUACAGACGCAUCUCUCACGGCACUUGGUCUAAACUGCCCGAGGCUGAAGAUUCUGGAAGCUGCAAGAUGUUCACAUCUCACAGAUGCUGGUUUCACCCUUUUAGCACGGAAUUGCCACGAGCUGGAGAAGAUGGACCUGGAAGAAUGUGUUUUGAUAACUGACAGCACGUUGAUACAACUUUCUAUACACUGUCCUAAGCUACAAGCAUUGAGCUUAUCUCACUGUGAACUGAUCACCGAUGAUGGGAUUCUUCAUCUGAGCAACAGCACGUGCGGUCAUGAGAGGCUGCAGGUCCUGGAGCUGGAUAACUGUCUUCUCAUCACUGACGUGACUCUGGAACACCUGGAGAACUGCCACAACCUGGAGAGGAUUGAGCUGUACGACUGCCAGCAAGUCACGCGAGCGGGAAUCAAACGCAUCAGAGCUCACCUACCUCACGUCAAAGUCCAUGCUUACUUUGCUCCCGUAACUCCCCCUCCUUCGGUCGGAGGGAGCGGACAGCGCCUCUGCAGAUGCUGUAUUAUUCUCUGACAGUAAGUGCAACCCCACAGAAAAUAUUGUUGUUGUCGUUGUCGAAGAGAAGACCGGGGACUGCACGUCAGUGGAAGGAGUUGGUUUCCUGACGGUCCUAGUGGUUGGUGUUUGGUCAUCCAGUUUUGUGACAAGAAAAGCAGUUUUUUUUCCAGGUAAAAACCUUACCGUGAUGUGCAGCUGUGGAUUAAGUUGGUGAUGCUUCGGUUUGUAUUAGUAACUCCUUCCUUCUGUUGGCAUGAGAACUGAAGCCCCGUGUAAAACGCUGGGGGCGUUUCGGCACG